CGACCAUUCUCUUCUUCGUCAUCCCUACUGCAUGGCCACCUCGACCCUCCCCAGCCCGGCGAGGAGCGCAAAGUCACUUUCAUCGACAAGGAGGGCGAUGAGCACACUUUCGAAGUAGCCGACGGCGACAACCUGCUCGACAUUGCACAAGCCAAUGAUCUCGAAAUGGAGGGCGCAUGCGGCGGCUCAUGUGCAUGCUCGACCUGCCACGUUAUCGUCUCAGACCCGGACAUGUUUGACAAGAUGGAGGAGCCCGAUGACGAUGAGAAUGACAUGCUGGAUCUGGCCUUCGGUCUGACAGAAACAAGUCGUCUGGGUUGUCAGGUCAAGAUGUCCAAGGAACUCGAUGGCUUGGUCGUCAAGCUCCCUACCAUGACCAGAAACCUGCAGGCCAGCGAUUUCGCCAAGCGAUAG